AUGCCGCUUCCCGGUGUCGAUGUGCGGUGGCCGCGCAAUAAAACGUGGAAGAUCACCUACGCUACGUUUUCGUGGUCUGAGAAGAACUACGAUAUCAUCCAACGUACGGCGUUUGCAUUGACGAACUUUCAUUUGUCGCUGAUGCCGCUCCGCUACGAAGACGAGACGUUCUACGAGUACGUUAUGGCGCGCUACGAGCGAAUGGCGACCGACAAGAAACGCAAGCGUGCUGAGACUCAACGCCGCUAUCGUUUGAAUCGCCAAGAAAGACUGGCCUUGGACCACAACCGUGCAGGACGGCUCCGUUUCAGCUAACGUAAUAAAGCUUCCAUUUGGAUUUGUU